GUGAGCGCCGCGGGGCAUUCUGGACCUGCUUUGCCUUAGGCUGUGCCUGACUUGAAACCGAAGCGCGGGACGGGUGAAAGUACGGGACGCGAGAAGUUGCUCGCGCCUAGGAGUUAAGCGAAGUGCGGUGGCUUCCGAGGAAUACAAACAUAAAGGCCCUCGACCGUGGCAAACAGACUAGAGAAAAGUGAAAACAAAUCUGAAUGAAGAUGAAGAUUUUUCAGACCAUCUGCAGGCAGCUCAGGAGUUCAAAGGGAUUUUCUGUGGAAUCAACUGCCCUUGUGGCUUUCUCUACUUCCUCUUACUCAUGUGGCCGGAAGAAAAAAGUGAACCCAUAUGAAGAAGUGGACCAAGAAAAAUACUCUAAUUUAGUUCAGUCUGUCUUGUCAUCCAGAGGCCUUGCCCACACCCCAGAAUCCUUGUUGGAGAAAGAUGCUUUACUCUAUGGACCUGUGGUCAGGCAUAAGCCCCCAAGGCAAGAUGAGGGCACGCGAAUGCCACAAAACUGGUUUCCUAUCUUCAAUCCAGAGAGAAAUGAUAAAUCAAAUGCAAGUGAUCCUUCAGUUCCUUUGAAAAUCCCCUUGCAAAGGAAUCUUAUACCGAGUGUGACCCGAGUCCUUCAGCAGACCAUGACGAAACAGCAGGUUUUCUGGUUGGAGAGGUGGAAACAGCGGAUGAUUCUGGAACUGGGAGAAGAUGGCUUUAAAGAAUAUACUUCAAGUUUUCAUGUUUGUGACCAUGCGUAUGUGAAGAACAUAGCCAGGGACAUCUUUUUACAAGGGAAGCGGUUCCACGAAGCCUUGGAAAGCAUACUUUCACCCCAGGACACCUUAAAAGAGAGAGAUGAAAAUCUCCUCAAGUCUGGUUACAUCGAAAGUGUUCAGCAUAUUCUGAAAGAUGUCAGUGGAGUGCGAGCUCUUGAAAGUGCUGUUCAACAUGAAACCUUAAACUAUAUAGGUCUGCUGGACUGUGUGGCAGAGUAUCAGGGCAAGCUGUGUGUGAUUGACUGGAAGACAUCAGAGAAACCAAAGCCUUUACUUCGAAAUACAUUUGACAACCCACUGCAAGUAGUGGCAUACAUGGGUGCCAUGAACCAUGACACCAACUACAGCUUUCAGGUUCAGUGUGGUUUAAUUGUGGUGGCCUACAAAGAUGGAUCUCCUGCCCACCCACAUUUCAUGGAUGAAGAGCUCUGUUCCCAGUACUGGGCCAAGUGGCUCCUUCGACUAGAAGAAUAUACAGAAAAGAAAAAGAACCAGAAUAUUCAGAAACCAGAAUAGGGAACAGGGUGCUAUUUGGGAACAUGCAGCAACUUCUCACAGUUUGGGAACAUAUACUGCCAUUGACUGCAGUGUAAAAAUGAGGUGCCAGUAGGUCUGGGUGCUACACAGACACAAUAGAAGUAUUAGUUCGUUGAAAUGUAUUACUACCAACAAGACUGAAAAGUCUAGAUGUAAAGAGCUAGACUUCGGCACAUGAGAUCCCAGCUGUGCUACUCUUAUUUACCUGAAAGGAGGACACGCAGGAUGGGGAGUCACACUGGUGACUCUUGGACUCCUUUGAGAGACCUUUUUGUGUCCCAGGCAGAAUGCCCAGUCUUUGCACUGAGAUUAGAAGGCAGUAAGGCUGAGGGUGCCAAGCAUUUCCCCAGGGUUCACCAGAGGGGAGGGGGCCACACGCCCCCAGGUAGGACACAUCAGCCAACACUAGUGCCUAAGACUUGUUUCAUACAUUGGGGUUUUCUGUAUAUUUCAGUUGGGAAAAGCUUAUAUUUAACCUUUUAAGAAAAAUAAAUAUGUGAUUAUUUAGCCUCAAGUAAAGUUGCUGUCUAUAAAGCCAGUAUAUUCACCAUGUCGCUGGCAACAGGCCUUGGCAUAACAGCAAAUAACCCCCAGAAGUAGCCAGAGCCCAGUUUGAACAUCACGAUUGGAAGUGUUUUAGUGCUAUUUCUGGCAUAAGUCAAUGGAUCAUGUAGGUAGAGUCAAUUACUGUUGGUGGCGUUUUUCAGCUGUAGAGGAAUUAUAAAAUCCAUUUGUUCCUAUUUGAUAGGUAAUAGAAAUUAGCAGUUGUCACUGGGUUUGGGAAAUUUAAAUGCCCAUUUCAGCCCUGGGGAAGGGCUUUCUGUCUUACGGAGUGAGUCUGUUAGCAUUUAAGUUAUAGUUGCUGCCUUGAAAUAGUAGGCUGUUACAGUGACCUCUUUGGGUAGCUAUUUUCAUAAGAAAUAAAAUACAAGAUAUGAGUAAUGAA